CAAGGGGCGGGCAUUUUGAAGUGAGCGAGGAAAAAUGGCGGCCAUCGUGAUGAAGUUGAACGGGAUUAUUUCCACAACAGUAAUGAAUUUACCGUACAGUCUGCCAAAUAAAAUAAGAUUAUCUACGUUAUUAUUAUUCAUACUCGCUUUUACGAGCUAUAGCUCAGGCGAAAACACAUAUGAAGAUAAUGCUUACGAAUUUCUCAAGCGAGAGUAUUCGCUGAGUAAGCCAUACCAAGGACUAGGUUCCUCCAGCUCCUCACACUGGGAGUUCAUGGGAAACACCAUGAUCAUGCCCGAACACAUCCGGCUGACACCAGACUUGCAGAGCAGACAAGGAGCUGUAUGGAGUCGUAUUCCCUGUUACCUCAGGGACUGGGAACUCCGAUUACAAUUUAAGAUCCAUGGUGAGAGCAAGAAGAACCUGAAUGGGGAUGGCCUUGCGAUAUGGCUUACCAAAGAGCGAAUGCAAAAUGGUGAAGUGUUUGGAAACGCAAACUUUUUUACAGGUCUGGGUGUUUUUGUUGACACUUAUCCCAAUGAUGACAAGCAGCAUGAGAGAACAUUUCCUUUUAUCUCUGCGAUGGUCGGUAAUGGGAGUGUUGCAUAUGAUCAUGACCGUGAUGGACGGCCUACUGAUCUUGGUGGCUGUGCUGCUCACGUUCGUAAUGUUGAAUAUGACACAUUCCUCCUGAUCAGAUACAUGAAGAACAGACUCACAGUGAUGACAGAUAUCGAGGGGAAGCAAGAGUGGAAGGACUGUCUGGAUAUCCCUGGAGUGAGGCUCCCACAAGGUUACUACUUUGGCGCUUCAUCGGCCACUGGAGAUUUAUCAGAUAACCAUGACCUGAUCUCCUUCAAGCUGUAUGAGCUCACAGUGGAGCGGAGUCCUGAAGAGGAAGAGGACCAGCAGGAGAUCACGUUGCCUAGUGUAGACUACCGAGUGGACCCUAAUGUUCUUGUGGAGGAUGAAGGAAGGAGCAUCAUCACCACCUUCUUUCUCUUCAUUGUUUCAGUCGUUGUGCUGGUUGUAGUGGUUGUGGUUAUUCUCUUUUUAUAUAAUCACUAUAAAGAGAACCGCCGCAAACGCUUCUACUGAACAAAUCGAAGAGCAAGUGACGGGAAGGAAAUGGGACAAGAGAUCUAACAUAAAUGUGACUGGCAUUUUUGCAAUGAGCCACUUCUGGUCCUCACCACUGCCCCAAACAGGAAGGACCUAAAGGCCAACGCUGAACUAAAAAGCCAUACCUGACCUCUCCAAGUGAAAAGCAACCACCUCAAUCAUGAUUAUGAUUUCAAAAAAACUAUUCAAGGGUAUUUGAAUGGGUGUGCUUCUGUUUUUGAAGGUCUCUUCAGAUUUUUGUGCGUUUGCUGUAUUUUUAUACCAGUUACACUGACCUUGGCCUUGACCUUUCAAUCCAGAGGCAGCACUGAGAACUAUGUGUGACCACAUGUACAGAGAGAGACACAAUAGUUUAACAAACUAUUGUAUUCUCAGGUUGUCUACUGUAAUCCCAAAAGCCCUUGUUUUUUUUUCAAUUGGACUGAAAUGAAUUAAAAGAAAAUACGAACAUCA